AUGGGCCCCGCCGGCUCCUCGGCGCUGGCCCGCCUCGGCCUCCCCGCGCAGCCCCGGCCCGGGUGGCUCGGGCUCGCCGCGCUGGGACUGGCCGCGGUGGCACUGGGGGCCGUGGCCUGGCUCCGCGCGCGACCCUGGCGGCGCCGGCGGCUGCAGCAGGUGGGCACCGUGGCGCAGCUGUGGAUCUACCCGGUCAAGUCCUGCAAGGGGGUGUCGGUGAGCGCGGCCGAGUGCACGUCCAUGGGGCUGCGCAGCGGCCACCUACGGGACAGGUUUUGGCUCGUGAUCAACGAGGAAGGAAACAUGGUUACAGGUCGACAGGAGCCUCGCCUGGUCCUGAUUUCCCUGACCUGCGACGGUGACUCCCUGACCCUCAGUGCAGCCUACACGAAGGACCUGCUGCUGCCCAUCAGAACGCCCACCACGAACGCAGUGCGCCAGUGCAGAGUGCACGGCCUGGAGAUUGAGGGCAGGGACUGUGGCGACGCCGCGGCCGAGUGGAUAACCAGCUUCCUGAAGACACAGCCCUACCGCCUGGUGCACUUUGAGCCUCACAUGCAGCCAAGAAAGCCUCACCAAAUAAAGGAUGCGUUCCGGCCAGCCGAGAAGAUUGCUUACCCUGACACCAGCCCUUUCUUGAUCAUUUCUGAGGCCUCCUUGGCAGAUCUCAACUGCAGACUAGAGAACAAAGUUAAAGCCACCAACUUCAGGCCCAAUAUUGUAAUCACAGGAUGUGGUGUCUAUGAAGAGGACUCUUGGAAUGAGAUUCUCAUUGGUGAUGUGGAACUGAAAAGGGUGAUGGCUUGCUCCAGGUGCAUUUUUACCACUGUGGACCCGGACACCGGUGUCAUGAACAGGAAGGAGCCACUGGACACCCUGAAGAGCUAUCGCCUGUGUGACCCUUCUGAAAAAAAGGUAUAUGGAAAAGCACCUCUGUUUGGACAAUAUUUUGUUCUGGAAAACCCAGGGAUAAUCAAGGUGGGAGACCCCGUGUACCUGCUGGGCCAGUAGCAGGUGUCUGAUUCCUGCAACUGCUCAGAAGGGUGACUGUGCUGUCUCCUUGCUGGUCUCGUCAGCUCAUGACUGGACGCCUCAAAUUCAGGGUGAAAAGUUCUUAAAUCUCUGGCUGAGAAGAAAUGUGAUCGCAUGGUUCGAAAUAAAUCGCUGAAAAUCUUUAAAAGGCAAAAAGGAAAACGUGUAGGUUCAUUGAAAAAUAAAUGUCUGCUGAUUGAAUUAUAACUCUAGGAUAGGAUGAGUGUAUCUUUCAUUGACACUGUGUCUUUUGACUGUGCGGGGAAGCUGACCAAAUCUUUCAAAGAUGUUUCAAAAAUGUAAAUAAAUGGAAGCUAGCUUGACUAGUUGCAAGUCUUACUACCUUCUUGGCAAAAAAGUCAGACUUUGGAAGGUGAAUGGGCAAAAUCAACAGUUACCACCAAUAAUUCUGCACCUGGGUGACCCAGAGGAACACCCGUCUUUGAAAGGCUGUCGAGUAAACAGGCUUUUUUUCCCCCCAGGAGUCAUGCAUUUUUCACUUUGGCUUUAUAAAAGAGUUCAGUAAUAAUGGGAGUGAACAGAGGCUUGUGUAUGGCUCUGAUGCUGAACAGGUUUCAGCAGAGCUUCCAGACUAAGACUAGGAAGAAAGGUGAGGCGAUCUGCUCCCAAAAAUGAGAACCUAGGGUUGCCAGAGUCUGACCUGCAACUGAUCGUUGGGAUGGAGCAGGACCAGGCAAAGCUUCAUUUCAUUGUGCACGGGGUGACCGUGAAUUGGGGGCCGACUUGAUGACGGCAAACAACGGCAAAGCACAGCUUUGAGGAAAAGUUACAGGUUAAGGAGUGAGGGAGUAUGUGUUUUCUGGUUGGUAAACCAUUGCCAUUUGCUUUCUGCACACUUGGAACGAAGUGGAGAACUGAUGAUCGAGAUAACCUGGGCCGCCCUCCCUAGUGGGCCCGCUUUAUGCUGAAACUACGGAUGGUGUUACUGCUGGGUGCCCUUGAGUCGAUUCAGGCUCACAGCGACUCCAUGGGACGGAGUAAAACUGCCCCCUGGGGUUUUCUUGGCUGUACUCUUCAUGGGACUAGAUCGCCACAUCUUUCUCCCAUAGAACGGCUGGGUGGGUUUGAACCUCCAACCUCUUGGUUAGCAGCUGAGCACCACCGGGACUCCUUGAAACUACAGAUGGAUGGAGACAAAAAUAAGAAUUCCUCAAGAAGUGUUACUAACGGGACUGGGAGAGCCCAAGAAGGAAUUCACGGAAGAUUUAGGAGCCAAUAUGAAUAUGUGCUCUGGGAGAUCAGCCAAGAGGUCGGGGUCGUAUUCGAUGGCUCUUGUUGUUAGUCGCCAUCAAGUAGGCUCCGAUUCAUGGCAACCUUGCGUUUUCUGGCCCUCCCCGUCUGCAGGGUCCUUGGUAUGUCUGAGUCCUUGUUGCAGCUGUUGUGUUAGUCCAUCUCAUUGGGGGCUUCCCUCGUUUUCAUCGGCCCCCCACUUUACCAAACGUUAUGUUCUUUUCUAGUGAUGGGUCUUUCCUGAUGUGUCCAAAGUGAGUGAUUCAAAGUCUCGCCAUUCUUACUUCAAAGGAGCAUUCCGGUUGUAUUUCUUCUAGGCCUGACUGUUCAUUCUUUGGCAGUCAGGAAUAUAUUCAGUAUUCAUUGCCAGCAUCACAGAUUGGAUGCAUCAAUUCUUCUGUCUUCCUUUUUUAUUAUGCAAUUUUCUCAUGCAUAUGAAGUGAUUGGAAGGACCAUGGCUUGGGUCAGACACACUUUAGUCAGCAAAGCGACAUCUUUGCUUUUUAAGACUUUAAAGAGCUCUUUUGCGAUAUGCUGUUUGACUUCUUGACUGCUGCUUCCAUGGGCGUUGAUUGUUGAUCCACGUAGAAUGAAAAAGUUGUCAUUUUAUUUUUUUUGUAAUCAGUGGCAAGCUGAAUGUCUUAGACCUGAAUUUCUAACCUCUUGUAAGGAGUGACAUCAACUUCCCCAGUGACCAGUCUGUGUCAAAGGCCACACUUCACACAGGCCCUGUCAUCCUCAGUGGCCAGGGCCUCUGGGCAGCUCACAUUGCAGGGCAACCCUCAAACGUAAUGGGGCACUGGGACACCUUCCUUCCAUUGGGGAGACAUCUCCCUCUGCCCCUCAGAGUGUGAGGAAGAUUCCUGUUUGAAGGAAGUUUCCAACGACCUUGAGAGUCUUAGAGUAGUUGCCAAGCUUUCUGUCAGUGAGAUUUAAAAGCCAUUUACUUGUGUUUAUUUUAUAUUUAAUGAGUUGGUUAAUGCCAAAGGCAGGCUGAUGUCCCGUUUAUUUUGGAUACUGAACAUUUGCACACAAUUUCACUUGAAAUAUAGGGUCAGGGAUAUAGGCCAUCACAGACCCUUAGAAAGAUCUCCUUACAGCAGCGUGUGAUUGACAUUCUAGGACAGGCCAAAAAAGCCACCUUUGAUGGGUGUUUCAUUCUGGGUGGCAACUCUACACCAUAAUCCCAGCAGAGAGUUACACACCCAGAGCUGAAGAUCUUGAAAAGAACUGUGUAGGAAAGACUCUGGGCUGGCUGCCUGAAAGUCUUGCUGUCAUGGCUAGUUCACAGAAAAGGUUAGAAACUCAGAACCAGGAGAUAGAAGCAACAACUUAUACACAAGGGAGUCCCUGGGUGGCAUAAAUGGUUUACGCGCGUUGGUGCUAACCAAAAGGUUGGCGGUUCGAGUCCACUCAGGGGUGCUUCUACUUCAGAAAAAUCAGCCACUGAAAACCCUGUGGAGCACAGUUCUACUCUGACACACAUGGGGUUGCCAGGAACCAAAACUGACUGAAUGGCAACUGGUAUGCACACAAGAAUGGAAGGAAAUCAGAAUGAGCCUAACGAAAAUUCAGCCCGCGUUCCACAGUGAGAGAUACUCCUCCUCACCUUCUACCCUCAGCGAUAUACGUAAGACGCGGGCUCAGGAGAUGAGCUGUGGGAGGUCUGCUAACUGGGUAAAGACUGUAUGGAGACCUCCAAGAUGUACUUGACUAGCAAAGUGUGACUUUGCAAAUCAUCCCUGAGGUAUCACCAACCAUGACAGCUCAAGUGCUAGGCAGGUGCCCUCAGAACGCCAAGGGUUUGCCAAAUCCGUGAUGGUGGAGAACAGCUGUAUCGGAAUCACUUCAAGGCUCUCAGACCAGAGCUGGGUUGUAGGUCUAAUGGGUGGUGGUGGUGCCGUUCCUAACACUGCGUUUCCCCGAAGUAUUAUUGGGAUUCUGAGUCUGCCUGAAGGGAUGCUCCCGUGGGUGACUAAGCUUGAGAGGUCCUGCGCACCUCACUCCUCUGCGAAGACACGGAAGUACCUUGAAGGCUGUGGAGAGCUUUGCAGCAGAGAAACCCAUUUGUCUGUGUUUUAUAUAAACCGUUGCUGUUGGGUCGAUUCCGACUCAUGGCGACCCCAUGUGUGUCAGAGUAGAAUUGUGCUUCGUAGGGUUUCCGAUGGCUGAUUUUGGGGGCAUAGAGGCACCUGGGGUGCAUUGAACCUCCAACCUUUUGAUUCGCAGUGGAGCUCAUUGUUUGCUCUACCUUGAGACUCCGUGUUUAAUACAGCCCUUUGCCAAAUUCUUUGAUCACCUUUUGAGACAUGUUGCUCUGAUUUCUAGGGGAGCUCCAGCCCCAGGGGUGAGCAAUCCUGAGUAGCGGAAAUGAUGCAUUCAGGGGAAGCUGGGAGAAGUUGAAAGCAUCUCCGUCCACGUGGAGGAGGCCUCUUGGGUUGCUCGCUCUUGUCUUCCUCCUCUUCGCUCUGACUGGUGCGGAGGUCUGGGUCUGAGGCUUAAAAGGUUGAAGGAGGCGUGGAGAGAGUGUUGUUGUGAGCUUGAGGGACAAACAUCUCCUCUCUUGGGUCUCAUUUUCCAAACCUGCAUACACAGGUGGAUAGUGUGGGUCGGGUUAGUUGAGAGAACUCA